AUGCAGCUGCCUUGCUCCCUUACACUUGUAACCACCUUGUUCUGCUUUACCAUGCUGAUGUCUGUCAGAGGCGAGCCGAUCUUCAAGAAGAGGGAUCAUUCCGACACACAGCUUCAGAAGCACCAAGCCCCCCGUAUCCUCACUAUCCGAACUGCAGAGGAAUAUUUAACAAAGUUUGGCUGGGGUGAGCCCAUUGACUGGGGACAUCAAGUUUCAGGGAGGGACACAGCUCCACAAGAGAAAAACCCUGCUCCCCAAGAUGUGCCUCAGCUCAUGACUGAGGGGACCUCUGGAGAGUCUGACACAGAGGAGCCCACCGACAAACUUUCUUACCUUCACAAUCUCAAGGAAUUCCAGAAAGCCAAUGGCCUGGACCCCACCGGAGUCCUGGACAAUGCCACCCUCAAUGUAAUGAACAUGCCUCGUUGUGGAGUGCCCGACAAAGUGCUGCUGGUAAAUAGCUCGCUGUCCAACACAACCUCACAGAACAAGUCAGACAGCACUCUGACUGAAAGCAUGGGACCUGGCUCCAACAGCACCAGGCCAAAGUCUAUCCGGAAGAAGCGUUUCCUUGCCGAUCUGGUGGCGCACACCAGGGCAAAGCGAGACAGCCGAGAUGCCCUGGGAAGGGCAGCCAGUAGCCUCGGGUUCUCGAAGAGAAAGUUGAAGUGGCGCCUGAUGGAUGAGGCUUUCACCAUCCAAAUGAGCAUCGAGCAACAGAAGAAUGUCCUGAGGCUGGCCUUCCGCAUGUGGAGUGAGGUCACCCCGCUGGAGUUUGAGGAGGACUUGGUUUCUCUUCCCGCUGACAUUGACAUUAAACUUGGCUUUGGAACAGGGCAACAUCUCGGCUGUUCUCAGGACUUUGAUGGGACAGGACAGAUCUUCGCACAUGCUUGGUACUUGGCCGAUAUCCAUUUUGACGACGCUGAACAUUUUGUUGUCACCAACAACGGUCAGGGCAUUAGUCUCCUUCCGGUUGCCGUCCAUGAAAUUGGCCACGCCCUGGGUCUGUCCCAUCUCCUUCGAACAGGGUCUGUCAUGCACCCCAAUUACAACACCCAGAGUGAAAACUUUGAAUUGGACUGGUUAGACAGAAAGGCCAUACAGCGUUUAUAUGGUGUUUGUGAAGGUGCUUUCAGCACGGUUUUUGACUGGGUCUAUCAGCGUGAGAAUUCCGAUGGCACUGUAACUUACAACUUCAAUACGUACUUCUUCAGGAAGAGCUGGUACUGGAUGUACGAGAACAGGAGCAAUAGAACACGGUACGGAGACCCUAUUCCUAUCUCCGCAGGCUGGCGCAAUCUCCCUGAUUCCAAUAUCGAUGGCUAUGUUCAUGUCUGGGCCUGGAGCAGUAACGUGGAGGAGAAGAGAGAUGCCCAGUACUUCUUCAAAGGGACACAGUACUGGCAUUAUGAUCCCAUUAAUGAUAUGGCUUUUACUGAGGAUGCACAUGGCACCAGAUAUCCCAAGCCCAUCAGUGAAGGGUUCCCUGGUGCCCCCAGCCCGAUAGAUACUGCAUAUUUUGACAGAAGGGACCGAAAUAUUUAUUUCUUCAGGGGCAAUGAGGUGACUGCUUUCACUAUCGAUCUUAAUCAGAAGGUCAACGGGUUUCCGAAAAAGAUUGUGGAUUUUUUCCCACCCGUUGUGGCCAGCGACCAUCCGGUGGGGAAUCUGGACGCAGCGUUCUACUCCUACACACACCGCGCUCUCUUCUUCCUGAAGGAUCAGUAUUUCUGGAAGGUGGUGAGCGAACAGGAACGUCAGGUCAACCCUGCGCUGCCAGUCAGGGGCCUGCACAGCCGCGGAAGAGUGUCCGAGCAAUGGUUUGACAUCUGCGACAUCCACUCGUCAAUGCUCGGUGCGUUGCCCAGUUAA